AAUUCGUGAGUGUGAGAGUCAAAAGCCCAACACUUCACUGCCAUUGGCUGUCUCUGUCUUCUCCUUCCCACUCCCUUCAACUCGCACUAUUAUCUUCUCUUCUUGUUGUGUAGUGUGGUGUGGUACAGCAACAUCUGUGGUCUUUCUUCGAAACAAAUAGCGUGUGAAAGCGAAACCCACUCUUAAGAACUAAUUUCCAUUUGACUUGACUCUCUUUGUUUUUCUUGUUUCUUUAUGCUCCUUCCUUCGCUGUCUAGCUUCCAUCUAAAAAAAUGGCUCGCCUUUACCCUCUAGCUCUCUUUCUCUCCUUUCUUCUCACUAUCUCCCCCUCCCUUUCCACCAACUCUGAAGGAAAUGCUUUGCAUGCCCUGAGGAGUAGGCUUUCUGAUCCAACCAAUGUGUUGCAGAGUUGGGACCCGACUCUUGUCAAUCCCUGCACCUGGUUCCAUGUCACUUGUGAUUCCAGCAAUCAUGUUACUCGCUUGGAUUUGGGUAAUUCUAAUAUUUCUGGAACUUUGGGGCCAGAGCUUGGAGAACUCAGGCAUCUAAAGUACCUGGAGCUUUAUAGGAAUGAUAUAGGAGGGAAAAUUCCCAAGGAGUUGGGUAAUUUGAAAAACCUUGUUAGCAUGGACAUGUAUGGCAACAGGUUUGAAGGAGAAAUACCCAAGUCUUUUGCCAAGUUGAAGUCUCUCAGAUUCCUUCGACUAAACAACAACAAGCUAUCAGGAUCUAUUCCAAGGGAGCUCACAACUCUUAAAGACCUCAAAGUUUUUGAUGUUUCUAACAACGAUCUCUGUGGAACAAUUCCAGUCGACGGUCCCUUUACCUCUUUUCCAAUGGAAAGUUUCGAAAACAACAAGCUUAAUGGACCUGAGCUGAAGGGACUAGUGCCUUAUGACUUUGGAUGCUGAAGAAAGCUUGAACUUGACCUUCCUCGAAGACUGUAAUGCCGAAACUUAUCUAAGAUAAUUUAGCUGGGGAUCUGCCUUGUUACGAUAUGUAGUUGACAAUGGCACGUUGUUCAUGCGUAGAAGUUAAUCAAGUUAGCAAAUAAAAUGGUUAUACAAGAUCUGCGAGUUGGUCAUAGACUCUUAUCCUACCUUCCUCGGUGCUAAGCCGUAUCUUUGAUAUUGGAGCGCAGGGAAACAUCCCUCAUUAGGCAAUGGAGGACAGUGUCCGCAUUAUUAAUAUGUAAAAGUGAGCAGCCAAAUUAGUUUUCUGCACGACAUUUGCUAUAUAUUUUCUGUGUUUUCACUCUGAA